AUGGCGAAGAAGUCGUCGGCAACGAUGACGAAUGGGGACUGUGUUGGCACCGAGAAUGCGAUGGAUACACGCAUGGAUAGAUUUGCUGAGUUCGCUCUGAGGGUUGCUGAUGCGCGUGAAGCGCACGACAUGGAGGAAGUGGAUAGUGUCCUUUUGCAUACGUCGGUAGACUGGGAUGCUGAAGAGGAGAAUGUAACUCGCCUACAGUCGACUGGAAAGAAGGAACAGGUGCCAUGA